AUGCGUCUUCACCUUUUGACACCCCUCUUCUUCGCUGCGAGUGCUUUGGCACUCCCUGAUCCCCUUCUAUAUGCCAGGAAAACAUGUGGAUCUUGGUUUAGUCCUCAAGAUGGACAUCAAGUCGCACUGGGCACGAAGCAAACUUUGGCUGAGGAGAAAACGAUCUAUCAGACCUUGAAGGAUGACGAAAACUUUUCUCGUUUGGUUAAAGCAAUCGACUUGAGUGACAGGGUGGUAUCACUCCUCGACGACUCCACUGCCGGCAUCACAUUCUUCGCAGUGCCGAACAAAGGUUUGCCUCGUCCGCGCCGACCUCGCCACGACGAAAUUGCUGGAAAUGUCGCAACUGAUGAUGGCGUCGCUCGCAAUUUGGGCGAACUUGUUUUGCAAGUUGAAGAACUUGAAAGCUCUCCGUUGGACGAUGACGAGAAGGAACACCGUAAAAAGGUCAUUGCUAGGAUCGUUCGCGGCAUUUUGGCUUAUCACAUACUCCCGGAGAAAACCCCGUAUCCUAAGUUGUUGGAGUAUUCCACUUUCCAAACCAAUCUCACGCUCAAGGAUGGAUCUCUUGAUUACGAGCCCUUGCGGAUAUCUGUCCAAUCUAGGAAUACUCCCCCGCGCGUGCAGGUUAACAUCGUUUCUGAAAUCAUCAGACCAGAUGUUGCAGCUAAGAAUGGUGUCAUCCAUGUCAUAACUCUCCCCUUACUUCCUCCUCCUUCUGUCUUCCAAGAACUUUUCCUUGUUCCGUCGGCCUUCUCUUUUGUGACUUCGGCGCUUCAACGUGUAGGAUUGACUGGUGCUUUAGAGCGUCGGUACACCCCAGGACACGGCGAUAAAGAAGGUGUAGUAGAAGGAAAUCCAGCUCUUACAUUCUUCGCUCCCACGUCCAAGUCGUUCGAGAGGUUGCCGAAGAAGUUGCAGUUCUACUUAUUCUCGCCCUUUGGAGAAAGAGCUUUGAAAAAAAUACUGCAGUACCAUAUUGUGCUGAACUAUGUUCAUAAUGCGACUUCAGAAAAAGACGUGAGCGGUCUUCUUGCAGAGAUGCUCGAAGAACACCCAGAGAUCGAUAUGGACACGUGUGGAGCUUGGGGAGAUCUAUUCGAACAUGCAGACGGUUAUGUCAACCCUGACGGUAUCUCUCGCAGGUCUGAGAUGGAUUCUGGGUUGCACGCCCCCCCUCCAUUACCUCACAAACCGGCUCCCGUUUACUCGUAUGAAACGAAGUUGCCCACGUUCUUGGAAGACCACCCUAUUCAUGUAAAAAUCGAGAAAUACAAGAUUAACAUUCCUAUUCCCGGUCCUCCUCGCUUUUUCACCAAGUUCCAUGUCAACGGACAACAUGUGGGUCUGAGUGAUCUGGUUGCCAGGAACGGUGCCGUUCAUGUCAUUGGAAAACUUUUGGUCCCUCGUCGCCACAAGGAUCGCGACGGUAAGCCGCACCCUGAUGCGCAUGAGGACAAGCAAUGGGAAGAUUGGGAAGAUUGGUUGCCCAAAUGGGCAAUGGAGGAAUAA